AUGGCUUUGUCAACCGGGCACGUCGCCAGCCAGUUGCGGCACCUCGUCUACUACCACCUUGACAACAACCUCAUUCGCAACGCGAUGUUCCUCGCCGGACGCCUUCACGCCUACGAACCUCGCUCUUUUGAAGCGCAAUACCUACUUUCACUAUGCCACUUGCAUAAUGGCGAGGUAAAAGCCGCUUUUGAACAUAGUCAGAGUUCCGGCUCUCGAGGUCUACAUCUGGGCUGCGCUUACGUCUAUGCUCAAGCAUGCUUGGACCUCGGAAAACAUUUGGAUGGCAUAACCGCACUGGAGCGCAGCAAAGGAUUAUGGGCAACCAAGAACAACUGGAACAAACACAGUGAAACACAGAGACAGCAUCUGCCAGAUGCAGCGGCAAUAUAUUCCUUGCAAGGAAAGCUCUGGCACGCGCACAAAGACCUCAACAAAGCAGUCGAUUGCUACGUGGACUCCUUGAAACUCAAUCCAUUCAUGUGGGAUGCGUUUCUGGGCCUGUGUGCGACGGGUGUCAAUAUCCGAGUCCCUAAUAUCUACCAGCUCAGUCCCGAGCUCCUUGCCAUAAUUUCCUCAACUUCCGAAGACAACGACAUCGCGUCCGAUCGUCUCACGCCUACAGAAAGCGCAUUCCCUGUACAGACUAGUCACGCUGCGCCUGAUCCCUUUAUGGUCUCUGCCUCACGCGGUGAUUCCGAUGCAACAUAUGGAAGCUCCGCGCUGUGGGAGAAACUUAAUGGAAGCUCGGUCAGUGUUGCAUCCGUGGCAGCACCAGUGAUUCACGAGGGCAUGGAAACACCCCAAAGUAGCGGAUCAGAGGAGUUCCGCAUCGCAAAUGGGGUAACCGACCCGGAAUCCGCAUGGGACCCACCGUUGGCUCCGGCCAGGAAGAAUCGUACAAUGCAAACGAUGAGCUUGGAUCACACGGGCCAGCCUCCUCCGAAGAUGCGCCCCACGGGCAUUCGACCGCGAACAAAGACAAGGACAGACCUAGAGGAGUCACAUAUGGGGCCGGCAGAUCGAGAACCUCCGCCUGCACCACGGAUCGGCGAUCGCAAACGCACUGUUUCUGGUCAGGUUGCUCAUCCUCUUCCUCCUCAACCGACGGAACCAGGUGCUCCUCAACGCCGCAGUGUCAGGCUCUUCAACCAAAUCAAACCCACUACUAGCAAGCUUUCAAAUUCUACCUUGAUUGGCAGGGAUGGCCGCGAGGUGAAGAAAGUGAGAAGCAUGCACCAUAAAGGGCGCCCUACCACAUCGACUGUUGGGCGUGUGGUGAGUGGCAACCGAAAGCCUAUGGAAUCAUCCGAUCAUGAUGGCAAAGAACACCGGGCGACAUCUGUACCACCCACUUUUGCAGCUCCGCCAUUGCCUAAGAAUGCCGAAAAAACCAAGGAAAUGGAGGCAUUGAGUUGGCUAUUGGGGCUUUUCACGAAAUUAGCGUCUGGAUAUUGUGCCUUGAGCCGUUACAAGUGCCCCGAUGCUAUCCAACAUUUUAAUUCACUCUCACAAGGUCAACGGGAAACCCCUUGGGUCCUCGCUCAGCUUGGCCGCGCCCACUUUGAACAAGCCAUGUAUACGGAGGCUGCCAAAUACUUCUCUCGGGUCCAAAGCUUGGCACCUUCCCGGCUUGAAGACAUGGAGAUCUAUUCGACUGUUCUCUGGCAUCUGAAGAGCGACGUGGAGCUUGCUUAUUUGGCUCAUCAGUUGCUGGAAGCUGACCGGCUAUCACCUCAGGCAUGGUGUGCAAUUGGAAACUCAUUCUCUCAUCAACGGGAUCAUGAUCAAGCUCUGAAAUGUUUCAAACGUGCAACGAUGCUGGACCCCGAAUUCGCCUAUGCUUUCACCCUCCAAGGCCACGAGUAUGUGGCCAAUGAAGAAUACGACAAGGCCCUUGACGCCUACCGCCACGGAAUCACAGCCGACAACCGACACUACAAUGCAUGGUACGGACUGGGGACGGUGUACGAUAAGAUGGGCAAGCUUGACUUUGCCGAGCAGCACUUCCGGAACGCGGCAACCAUCAACCCAACCAAUGCGGUUCUCAUCUGCUGCAUUGGUUUGGUCUUGGAGAAGAUGGACAACCCCAAGAACGCCUUGGUUCACUACGAGCGUGCCUGCUCCUUGGCACCGCAUUCGGUAUUGGCGCGGUUCCGCAAAGCCCGCGUACUCAUGAAGAUGCAGGAAUUCAAGUUUGCAUUAGCGGAAUUGAAGGUCCUCAAGGACAUGGCGCCCGAUGAGGCGAACGUGCAUUAUCUCCUGGGCAAACUGUACAAAAUGCUCCACGACAAGGCCAAUGCGAUCAAGCAUUUCACCACGGCCUUGAACUUGGAUCCGAAGGCUGCACAGUUCAUUAAAGAUGCGAUGGAGUCGUUGGAUGACGAUGAAAUGGAGGACGAAGACAUGGCUCCCAACAGUUCUGUUCGUGAUCCCGCCAUGUCGAUCAGUUCCUACAUCCUGUCGGGCAUCAGCUCGUUCGUGGUGGUGACCCUGUCGCUCUUCGCUCUUGGCCAGAAAAUGCCCCGCGCUGCCUUUGUCGCUCGUUGUCUCGCCUCCUAUGGCUCUCUGCUCCUGUGCGCGACCUACGGUGUGAUCGCCUCCAUCAUCCUCCGCCUCGUCGGCUACGGCCGUGUCUCCCAAUGGGCCACCGCCCGCAGUUUCAAGUGGGUGAUGCGUAUCACCACCGGCGUCAAGUUCGACAUCGUCGAGGGCGAGGAGCACCUCACUACCCGGCCGGCUGUCUUUAUUGGUAACCACCAGACCGAGCUUGAUGUGCUCAUGCUGGGCGAGAUCUUCCCGCCUUACUGCAGUGUCACGGCUAAGAAGUCGCUGCGCAACAUUCCCUUCCUGGGCUGGUUCAUGGCUCUUUCCCGAACUGUAUUCAUCGACCGUGCAAAUCGCGAGACUGCCCUGAAGGCCUUCGACGGCGCCGUGAAUGAGAUGAAGACUCACCGCCAGAGCGUGUUCAUUUUCCCCGAGGGCACGCGGAGUUACUCCGAUGAGCCUAUGCUGCUGCCUUUCAAGAAGGGUGCUUUCCACUUGGCUGUUAAGGCUGGUGUGCCGAUCGUGCCUAUCGUGGUUGAGAACUACUCUCAUGUCAUGUCGCCUCGCAACAUGCGGUUCAAUGCUGGCUCCAUCAAGAUCAAAGUCCUGGCUCCCAUUGAGACUAAGGACUUGACUUCCGCAGAUGUGGACAGCCUCACUCAGUCUACGCGCGAAUCAAUGCUCAAGAACCUCAUGGCCAUGGCCCACACAGAGGAGACCAAGGUAGAGAAGUCCCACGCUAACGGCAAAUCAACCGCUGUUCAAAUCUAA